UUAAAUAUUACACAUCUUCUGCUUAAUUUAUGCAAGCAAAGCAUACAAAAGCAGAUCCUCACCAAAGCAAGCAACUCAAAAAAGCCAUCAAACAAAGCAUUACCUAAAAGUGUCUUCCAAAAGCACUACUCUCUCAUCUUUCUCUCUAUCUCAAAAGGAAAACCAUAACCCUCAAAUAAUGGAAGAAGAGGAAAACACGCCACCUUUUUGGCUACAAACCAAAGACAGCCACCGCGGCCUCCGCCGUCUCCGCAGCCAAGCCACCUAUAUCUUUCUAAAUUCUGGUGUACUUCUUGUUGUUUUACUUGUCAUAGCUUUUGUUUUUGUUUUUAUUAUCGUCCCUUCUGUUGUUUCUUUCACUUCCCAGAUUUUUAAGCCACAGUCAAUUAAGAAAAGUUGGGAUUCACUUAAUCUUGUUUUAGUCCUGUUUGCUAUUUUGUGUGCAUUUCUUAGUAGAAACAGCAACAAUGGUAGCAAUAAUGAAAGUCCAAGUUAUCGAAGCCUAUCAAAUGUACAGCAGCAGCAGCAGCAAAGAUCGUAUCCGUCAACUCCUGUACAUAGAUGGUAUGAUCAUGAUCAGUAUCAAGAUCGGACGGCCUAUAAUAAUUUGAGCCGAUUGAGAAGUUUUAGUUCAUACCCAGAUCUCCGGCAAGAAUCCUUAUGGACUACCGCCGAUGAAAGGUGGCGUUUUUACGAUGAUACCCACCUUAAGAACAGUUACAGAUUUUCAUCAGAUGCUCAACUACAAGAAGAGGAUCGCCCACAGCAACAGCAAGAAAAACAAGAAACUGAAAAAGAGGAAAAAGAAGAUGUGGGUAUCGUGAAGGAAGUUGUUUAUAUGCCAUCGUCACCACCUCCAUCUCCCCCUCCUCCUCCACGACCAUCGCCGCCGGCUCCACCACUGUCGCCUCAGCUUCAACCACCUAAGUCUGUAAGGAGAAGAAAGGUGAAGAGAACAUAUCAAGAUCUUGAACAUGAAAAGAGAAAAGAAGAAGAGAGAGAUUUGGAAGAGAAGAAAUUUCAUGCGCCACCCCCUUCUCCUCCGCCGGCUCCGCCUCCACCGCCACCAAAUUUCAGCAAGAAUGAGAAAAAGAGAGGUAAAGAUUUCUUGACUUCAUUAAGAAGAAAGAAAUUAAGGAAGCAGAGGCAAAAAAGUGUUGAAAAUCUUGGGAGCUUAUUUGACUCUCAACCUUCAACUCCAUCUUUCAUACCACCACCUCCACCGCCACCGCCACCACAUUUCUUCCAAAAUCUUUUCUCUUCCAAGAAAGGCAAAUCCAAGAAAACACAUUCAGCUCCACCACCACCACCUCCACCACCACCUCCUCCAGUUACUUAUUCAUCUUCUCGCGCUACCAAAGUUUCAAAAGCCAUAUCUCAGAAUGCGGCAUCAUCAGUGGAAUCUCUGGCAUCAAGAACCACCGCUCAAGUAGGGGCAGUCACGGCCCAUCAACCACCCAGAACAGUUAAGACGACAUAUAAUUUCAAGAGAGUAGAAGAAAAUGUGGAAAAUGGCAAUGCAUCACCUUUGAUUCCAAUACCACCUCCUCCACCGCCGCCGCCUUUUAAAAUGCGGUCAUGGAAGUUUGUGAGGGAUGGUGACUAUGUUAGAGUGGCAAGUUUUAAUAGUUCGCGUAGUGGGUCACCGGAAUUGGAUAGUGAAGACCCAUCAGAAAAUGAAUCAAGUCCAAUGCCAAGACAGGACGGUGAUUCAGCAGUGCCAUUGUUUUGGCCUAGUCCUGAUGUGAACACAAAAGCUGAAAACUUCAUUGCCAGAUUCAGAGCUGGAUUGAAGCUGGAGAAGAAUAAUUCUGUGAAGGGAAGGUCAAAUCUUGGCCCAAGUCCUGAUACUGUUGAAAGAGAAGACCCAAGAUAGAUUUUUUCUUUUUUAAUUUUAAUUUUUAAUUUUUUGGUUUUUGAGUGAGGAUUUGUUGAUUUGUUUGAGUUGAUAUGAUACAAUACAUUAUGAAGUUCAAUUAUAGAUAUAUAGGAAAUGAUACAGAGAGCUUUUACAGAAAAUUUAAACAAGUUUCUUUCUUUUGAUAAUAGCUUUUGUUUUUAGGUAAUAAUCUCUGUUGAUGUAGUUAUUAACUUAUUAUAGUGCAUUUAUUUUUAUUC